GAAGAAGGCCGCAUCCUGUCCAUCACCCCAAACAUCCACUUCACCCAAACCGAACUGUUGUCUGAAAUCGCCUCCGACAAAACCCACUUCACCGCCCGCACCGGAAAACCCCCCUCCAUGCAUGCCGGCGAUCUCGACCGUCGGCUCCGGUGCCUUGACUGGAAAGUCCAGGACGAAAUCUAUGAUUUGCUCAACGACAGGACGACAAGCAGUAGUAACGCGUUCAAGAGAAGGGAAUGGAAGGUUGUUGUCAUGGUGGCAGUGGAAGCAGGGGAGAUCAUGGCUGAACGGGGGGCUGAUGAGGAGACCAGGUCGUCUAAAACAAGGGGUGCGGGGGGUAAAAGGAGGAGGUUGCUUGAUGGGGCCGGUGCCAGAGGGUUGUUGUUGAGGAAUGUGCUGAGGAAAGAGAAAAAGAUGCCCAAGGCGGCGGUGACGGAGUAUAGGUUGAUAUUGAGGGGGACGGAGGUCAAGGCGAGUGAGCAGGGGUGGGGGUAUUACAACCGGUAUACCAGGCCUUCGAGGGGGGCACUGUGCGAUAAUGAAAAGGAGAAGAACAAGGAAACUGGGGUGAAGAGGCGGUGGUCGACUAUGUCGAGUAUUUCGACCAUGACGACGAGGACGGGGAAGAGUGAGCGGUAUGUGGACUUUUGA